UUGUUGUUUACGUUCGCGGCUGACGUCACCUCCCGUCGCAUGACUCGCGUGGCGCGCAGUGAGAUCUGUUAACAACGCUCUUGAGAGUUCACGGAAGAAUCAUGUCUGUGAAGGAGAGACUGUAUCACUGUGAGGAUCCAGCUGUAUGGAGGGCACUACAUGCCAAAUACUGGAGUGUGCUGGAAGCAAAGGCAGCCGUGAAGGGGAAAAACGCCGGAAAACUCUUGCAACUGGACAAAUGGUUUCAGGAGGAGCUGCCUGCAGCGAUCUCCGCUCGAUCCGAGCGUUCCCUCACACACGCUGAGCUCGUCAAGAUCAUGGAGUGGAAACUGACUAAGGGGAAGUUCAGGCCUCGUUUGCAGCAGCUGAUUGGCUCAAACAGCGAGGAGGCGGUUCAAAGCUCGACCAGCAAAGCUUUUGGUUUGAUGCCUGACGUCCAAGCGGCGAUUACUGAGCUGUGCAAACUCAAAGGUGUCGGGCCAGCGACGGCAUCAGCCGUGUUGGUGGCCGGAGCUCCGGGCGAAGUGGCCUUCAUGGCUGAUGAAGCAGUGGAGAGCAUCGCUGAGCUCAGACCGGUCGAGUACACAGCCAAACAUUAUGCACUUUUCCUCCAGAAAAUCCUGAACAAAUCGUCCCGGCUUAAUAAAGUGGACGGCCAGCGGGACUGGACUCCUCACAGGGUGGAGCAGUGUUUAUGGGCCUGGGCCGUGGCCAAUCAGAUUCAGCCCUCAUUAUUACAGGAGCUCAGUCUGAUGGAUGCAACCCACACAGUGGCCAAUCAGAAGCCAGGGAAGAGGAAGACGGCCGAUGAAAAGCCCUCGAAGAGACGCAAGACAGAAAGAUCUUAAAGAGCAGCACUUCUCUACAUUUGAAUAUUUACCCAGACGGUGUUUUCAACACAUUCCUUUGCAAAAGUAUGUAUUUUUUUAGGCGUGCACUUCACAAUGCACUUCACAAUUGCUUUUCUGAAUUUGUAAUAGUUUUAAUAAAGCAAUAAAACUUUAAUAAUUAUUA